CGACUGAUCGGUUGACGGCUCGAUUAGUUAAAAGACGCACGCGGAACGGUAUGGACACGGACGAGAAGAAGGCGGGCACAUCGUCCGGCCAUGAUGAGAUCGAUUUUACCAGCGGCUACGAGACACAAUAUCGCAAGGAGUAUAGUCCAUUGAAGCCAAUUUAUGUACCGCCGCCGGAUAAACGAAAUGCCUGGUUCCGAAGUUGGUCAACGAUUGUAUUGAUUGUCUUUCUAGCGAGUGUGUUCCUCCUUGGCACUGUUCUACUCGUGGUCCAGGUCUUCACAGCAAGUGCUCUCCAGGUGUUCCUCAUUGUAGCUGGCUAUGUGGCGAUAGCGGCAAUUAUGAUAUGGCUAGAAGUGCAGAGCAUCAAGGUGCGGUGAUUUGGAAAAGUUAGUCAUCUUCACCUCUCUCAAUUGUGACUAAUGUGACGAAAUAUUUUUGCGGAGACUUAAGUGUUGUGUCAACUUAUUAAAAAUUAUCAUUUAUAAAUGAAAAGACUUUAAUAUAGUUAAUACUGUUAUCAACUAGAUUUUAAAUACGAUUCACUAAAAUUAUUAUCGAAAACAAAAGUAAAAAAAACGUUUGGAUUAUAUAUUUAUAUAUGUACCUUUAACUUCGUCGUUUUGAUAUGACUGUGUGUGCGUGUGUCUUAUAUACAAACCUGCUAAGUGUAAUCAAACCGCUUUUUACGACCAAUAAAUGAAGCAACCAAUCCAUAAAA